CGCCAUGGCCGCCCCCCGCCCGGCGCACGGCUGCGGCAGCGGCGCGUUGCUGGGUCGCUUCGGCGUGUUGCUGCAGGCGCUGCUGGCUCUCUGCGCCUUCAGCACCCUCAUGUUAAAACGAUUUAGGGAACCAAAGGAAGAGAGGCGUCCCUGGAGAAUAUGGUUUUAUGAUACUUCCAAGCAAGCAAUAGGUGCCCUCUUCAUCCACUUUGCCAAUAUUUUUCUGUCGGAUCUCACCGAAGAGGACCCCUGCUCUCUCUACCUUAUUAAUUUCAUCCUUGAUGCCACGCUGGGGAUGCUGCUGAUCUGGCUUGGCGUGAAAGUUGUCUCCUGGAUCGUGCAGCAUAAGAAGUACACGUACCUGGUCUUCGGAGAAUAUGGUGACCCUCCACAAGCUGCUGCCUGGAUUGGCCAGUGUAUCCUCUACUUGCUGAUAAUGGUUUUUGAGAAGACUGUGAUUAGCCUUGUCCUGCUUAUCCCUGGUUGGACAAAGCUUCAGCAGAUCCUCCUGGGUUACAUCCCAAACCCCCAGCUGGAGCUCGUCCUGGUCAUGCUUGUUGUGCCUUUUAUAGUCAAUGCCAUUAUGUUCUGGGUUGUGGACAGCUUGAUCAUGAGGAAAUAUAAGCAGAAGGACACCCUGGACGUCAAUGGAUCCACAGAAACUCCUCGAGCUAGGAGGACUGAGGAAUCUCAGGUGUUACUCUCUCCAGACAUGGAUUUUGAUCAGUCUGAAAGUGACCAGGAUAUUUCAGGACUCCAGGGAACAAACCAGAAGAUGAAGCAGCCCAGCUAUCAAGUGGUCAUCUGACAACACAGAGACAAGGGAGGUAGAGGAAGGGAAACAGCACUGUGAUCCUUGAGCUGGCUGAGGAAGGGCAGGGUGGGGAAUGCUAGUUGAUCCCUAUGAAUCUGCAGAGAUCCUUUUGCCUGCCUCAUCUAGACCUAUCCUUCUGCAGUUGUCUCUUUGGGAUGGUAUCUGUGCAGGCUUGAGGCUGUCUGACCCUAACCUGUACAUAUGCAGGCACAUUGCAGUUAGGGGCAUGGGUAUAUACUUCCCUUGGCUGGCCAGCUGAGUGUAACUUUGUCAGGGUUAGAGACUGAAAUAAAAAAAUUGUCUGCUUUUCUUUUUUUAUAGAAAAGAAAAAAAAAAAUCUAUCUUGUACUACCUGAACUGUGACACUUUUAUAUGCACAACACUCAAAGGUAUUGGUUUGCAAUAUGUAUUUAAAUGUCUUGAAUUGGGAAGAUUGUCUCAGUGGAUCUGAUGCUUUUUACUUUUUAUAAGGAAUGCAAUAAAUAUUUGACCUAAAACUGCUUCAUAAAUGAAAUGCCUUCAUAUGCUUAAUGCUUUGCAAAACCCUAGUGCUGUAAAAGGGAGGAAGGGGAUCUGUUGAAAUUUUUCCUGACCAGUUCCUCACAGGGCAGGUUGUCUUUCUGUAGCAGGGGUCUCCUAGUAAACCCACAGAAGAAGAGCUGAGCCACAGUGUUCAGUUUCUGUAGAUGGGUUGUAUGAGCCACUUCAGUGCAAAGACCUGAUGCUGCAGCACCAGCUGGUGCUGGACUCCAGACUGGAACAGACUCAGAGCUCCAUCCCAGUUGUGACCUUACAAGUGAGUGUUUGCAGGAAACUAGAAGUUGACUACUUGCCUUUUACCUAGUUUAAAAAUAAACAUAGCAAAUCUCUGCAGGACCUGAUUCAAAAACUAGACCUGAAGUCAGCUGAAGUCCCAUCAACCAGCCAUGAUCUUCUGGGUGUAAGGGAAUGGCCUCAGGUAGGACUGCUGCAGGAGUCCCAGAUCCUGGCACCUUUUGCUCCAAGUGUGAGGUGCAGGGCUUUGCCUUUGCUCUCCUGUUAACAUGCCCUAU